AUGAAUUUCUCUGAUUUUGAACAAUUUUUUUAUCGUGAACCAGUUGUUGAAUCGAUUACAACAGGUGGACAUUUCGAAUUACUUGAUAUAACUGAUGAAGAAAAAAAAGGAGCAGAAGAAUUUAUUCAUAGAAAUGGUGUUCAUGGUUUAGAUGGGUAUCUUUCCCAACGAUUGGAUGCAUGGAAACAACAUCCAUUAGAUAUUGCUGUUGUUGGUUCAAGUGGUGUCGGUAAAUCAACAUUUAUUAAUUGUUUGCGUGGUUUAGAAGCUGAAGAUGAAGGUUCUGCAAGUGUAGGUAUUGUAGAAACAACUAAUCAACCAACUCCAUAUGAACAUCCAGAUUUUUCAAAUUUGAAAAUCUGGGAUUUACCAGGUGUUGGAACACCAAAUUAUCCUCAUUCAUGUUAUUUAGAAAAAGUUCAAUUUGAACGUUAUGAUUUUUUUUUAAUUCUUUGUCGAACACGUUUUACUGAAAAUGAUCUAUGGCUUGCAUCUGAAGUUAAAAAAAAUAAUAAACGAUUCAUAUUUAUUCGUACAAAUAUUGAUUCUGAUUUACAUAAUGAAUAUGAAGAUCAUCCAAGUACAUAUGAUGAAAAAGAAAUUUUAGAACGUAUUCGUAAUAAUUGUCUUGAAUAUAUUCAUACUAUUGAUUCGAAUGCUGAAGUAUUUCUUAUAUCUGGUCAUUUAAAAAAUCGUUUACGUUUUGAUUUUGGAAAAUUAAAUGAAACAUUAUUACGUGAUUAUCCAUCAUUAAAACGUGAAUCAAUGAUUUUAUCAAUGUCAGUUAUGUGUAAAGAAGUUUUAUUAGCAAAAGUUGCUGCACUUUAUCGUCGUAUAUGGAUUGUUGCAUCAGCAUCAGCAGCUGUUGCUGCUAUACCUGUACCAUUUCUUUCACUUGGUUUUGAUGCAACAUUAGUUAUGAGUGAAGCUGAAUUUUAUAAAAAACAACUUGGAUUAGAUCAAGCUGCUUUACAAAAAUUAUCAAAUGUUUAUCAAAUACCAAUGCAAAAAAUAGAAAAAGAAUUAAAUGAAAUAUUUCCAUUACAAUAUUUAACUUCGUUAAGAUCAUUUGUUUUAGAUUUUGCAAAAAAACAAGCUGUAGGAGCAACAACAGAAGAAUUUGUUCGAUUUGUACCAUACGUUGGAACAGCAAUUGCAUCAACAUUAUCAUUUGGACUUUGUUAUAUUGUUUUAUAUAAAAUAUUAAUACGUAUGGAACAAGCAUCAUUGAAAAUUGUUGAUGUUGUUAUUGAUGCAUCGAAUCAAAUGAUUCGAGAAGAACAACAAAGACAACAAUUAAUCUAA